GAGACUUCGAAUACAAAACGUUCGCUCUCUUUGCCGGUUUUUAGAGUUGUUAAGUUUUACGACGAUUUCCAUAUGGUGCAAGUACUAGAGGUGGUCAGGUCGAAUCCCUUCGACUUGUCCAAUUCAAUGAACCGCCCCAUCCAAGUGAAACCAGCGGACAGUGAAAACCGCGGAGAUCGAAAGCUGUUCGUGGGUAUGCUCAGUAAGCAACAAACUGAAGAAGAUGUCAGACAACUAUUCGCACCCUUUGGAACAAUAGAAGAGUGUACAAUUUUAAGAGGACCCGACGGAGCUAGUAAAGGUUGUGCUUUCGUGAAAUACAGCUCACAUCAGGAAGCACAAGCAGCCAUUAAUAGCUUGCACGGGAGUCAAACUAUGCCGGGAGCUUCCUCCAGCUUAGUAGUAAAAUUCGCCGAUACAGAAAAGGAACGCCAACUAAGACGUAUGCAGCAGAUGGCCGGAAACAUGAGUCUUCUCAACCCCUUCGUGUUCAACCAAUUCGGUGCUUACGGAGCCUACGCACAGCAACAAGCCGCAAUCAUGGCAGCAGCAACAGCACAAGGAACGUACAUUAAUCCCAUGGCAGCGAUAGCAACGCAGCUACCACACGCUGCAAUGAAUGGUAUGGCGAAUUCUGCACUUCCCCCAUCAUCAGAUGUACCUUCAGGCAAUGGCCAACCCGUGAACGGCACAAUACCAAGUCUACCCUCCCCCACAAUGCCAACAUUCAACAUGGCGGCACAAACUCCAAAUGGCCAACCAGGCGGUCAGGAGCAAGUUUACACGAAUGGGAUUCCUCCACAGACUUAUCAAGCACAUGCGCUUCAUCUGUCCAUCCCAGCACAAGGUUUGCCGAACGGAGAAGCGACGAUUCAACACACUGCAUAUCCAGGAAUGCAGCCUGCAUAUCCAGGUGUCGCUUACCCCGCCGUUUAUGGUCAAUUCCCACAGGCUAUACCACAACCAAUGUCUGCAGUUGCUCCAGCACAAAGAGAAGGUUGUUCAAUAUCCGGUCCUGAAGGUUGUAAUCUAUUCAUAUAUCAUUUACCUCAGGAGUUUGGGGACGCUGAGUUGAUGCAGAUGUUUCUGCCUUUUGGAAACGUCAUCAGCUCCAAAGUUUUCAUCGACCGUGCCACAAAUCAGAGCAAAUGCUUCGGGUUUGUAUCAUUUGACAACCCGGCAAGUGCUCAAGCUGCAAUCCAAGCGAUGAACGGCUUCCAAAUUGGGAUGAAGCGUCUUAAAGUUCAACUGAAAAGGCCCAAGGAUGCCAGCAGGCCCUACUAACCCUGGCCCUCAGAACUGUGGGUUCCCCAAAUCAGGGUACUCAUCCGCCACUAGUAUACACUAUAUUAUAUAAACACUUAGUUUUACCUUGUAAACAUACCUGGUAGUACUCCGAGCACAAAAGUUCCACUAAUAAGCAAACAAAAAUCGAAAAAAAUGUGUUUUUUGGAUAUUUCGUCAAGUGACUAUUGUACAUAUUUCAAAUUAAUCAUUAUCAAUUGAUCGAAACCAAAUGGAUUUGUCUCAUAUAAGUUGAAGGGAAUUGGUUACCAAACUUCUUCAAAACGGUUCAGUCGUGAUCUCUGGAUGUUUACUCACUCAUUUUUCUAUCCGUCCACUGGCUUAUGCAACAGUUCCAGGAAAUCUCAAAUUCGUCUGCUUUGAAAUAUCGAUCAUGUUAAUGAAAAUCAUUAUUGGUCCAAUGUAAAGUCUAUAAAAGUGUGUAACAAUUCAAUAUUAAUGUAACUCUUCUUUCCAUACUCUUCGAUACUCUCAUGCGUAAAACUGAAAAUUCGUUUCCUUUCAUACACAUUCAUUAUUCGGACUAAAUAUCUAUUGAAUGUCCAACAAUUCUUUCGGUUCUGCCGAACUCUAUAAACCUGAUGUGGUCCCCAGCAGGGCCGGAAAUUUUGUGUGUUGUUUGUGUUUUAUUUUCGGGAAAGCAAAUCAUAAAAUGAGCUUUUACUGACUUAUAGAACAAGACUACCUUUUUAUUACUUAGUACGAGUCAGCAAAAUUUGUAAAAAAACGCUAUUAGAAUGGACAUGCUCAAUAUUUUUUGUAAAAUUUGCUUGUUUCCUCUAGAUCUUGUUGUUUAAAAAUACAGGUUAUUAUUCCUAUUUCAGUACACUUCAUAUGUCUUCUAUUAUUCAUUUUACUGGUAAUUCAACACUAGCCUAGACGAGCUAAAAUAAGAUCGCUUCAAAUAAAAUAUAAAUAAGACCUUUUUAUUGAAGGAGUUCCAAAAUCUAAAUGUAUUGUGGGAAGACCACUAUAUAUUUUAUUGUACCAAUAACGAUUGAUAUCAAGUGAUUGAAAAUGUUUGUACCGAGAAACCACCUUUUUCCAUUUUCAAUAUUGGUAACCGUUUCAUCAAAUGACAAAUAACAUAUCCCCAUAAGAAAAACAUUUCUUGAAUUCGUUAAUGCUUAUGAGUGUAACUUAUAUAAAAAAAACAAAAAGUACGCAGUUCGGUAGCGCCACCAAACCGUACUCUCCCCUCCGAGAAAUUCCAAAUGGGCUGUGAUUAAAUAACAAAUCAGUGUUUGAUUGUACAGGCCGUUUUGUCUUCUCGUUACGUGAAAUAUGUAUUUAUUUUGAGAUUACUCUAUUCGUUGUAAGUAUAUGUGUGUGUUUAACUGUAAUCGAAUAAGAUAUAUAAAAAGUCUCUAGGGGUGGUGGUGCGACCGCCUGCUCAGUUGCCAAAUUUAGUCCAGGUGUGUUCUGUGAUGAUAAUGCUAGUCACAGAGGCUCGGAGUCUUAAUUCGUUAGGAGACAUGUCCUUCAGGGGUGCAUUCGAAAUAUGAAUGCUUAUAACUGACUGACAAGCUACAAUGAAGAUGAUUUUAGUAGGGCGGUACCUGAUGGUUAGUGAAAAAGAGCUCUAGCUACAGUUUUGUAGCGAAUUCGCAGACGAAUUUCUGCUCUCCAAAACAAAUAAGAUUGAGAGAACGUAAACAGCAGUAACUUUCAAUUUCCACGAUGACAGUUUUCUAGAUUCAGGAAAAAUAAAACGACUUCCCACCAUCACAUGUUUCAGAAUUCAAUAACAAAAGCUUCCAUCAGGGAACUAUCGAAAGAAAAACCAUGAAUGGUGUUCUGUCUUUUUAACUUUCCAUGAUAUAAAAAGUUGAUGAAAGCCAACAAAAGUUGAAUGACAUGCUCCUUCAUAAAGAAUACCCCGUUAUAAACCCACAAAUAGCUCGAAUAAAUAACAUUGGAACUAUAGCGAUCAUUCAUGACAUCAAACGAAAUUAAAAAAGUGUUCUUGCAGCAAUUUGUCAACUAUUUUGUUUUCAUCACUAUUGACUAUACUUUGAACGUAAAGUAGGAAUAUAGUUUUCAAAGAUUGAGGCUGUUACUUUUUCAUUCCAUUUUAAAACAUUGAAAAUAUUGAUAAAUAAUAUGUUGGAGCCAUAUCUGCAGAAUCUGAAUAUAUUUGAGAAGAUAAAAAUAUAUUUGUGAAGUUUCACUUGAUUCAUUGAAGUGAUUAGUUUUCUGAAAGCAUGGUAUUAAUAACUUCAUAGCUUCAUAGUUCUGAAGUUAGGCGACUAAUGAUCCGAGUAAUUGUUCCAUCAAAAUUAAUAAAGUUAAGGUGUCUUACUGAGAAACAUUGACUUUGAAUAUAAUGUAUUCUAACCAACUCAAAUGACUGUUUGACUGACUGGGAUUAUCCUUGUCGAUGAUUUGUAUAGGAAAACAUGAAAUGCAAAUUGAGUCUAUUUCUAUUUUCUGCACUAUAGCUCAUUCAUGUAUUUAUUAUUUUUAUUUUCACGUUGUUUAUUUGGGUCGAACGUUCAAAUAUUUUAGCGAUAGAAUUUCGCUUAAUUUUCUUUUUUUCAUAUUUUGAAAAUGUGAUGGCAAGAGUUUGUUGAUUUUCCUAAAUCUUGAAAAUUGUCACAGGUGGUAAUAUAAGUCAAGUGCCAUUCAACUUUUUUUCAAUAUUGGAAUAUGAUUUGAAGAACAGAAGUUUGUCGAUAAGUUCAUUAGAACUGUCUCAAUUUUCCGGUUUAUUAUAAUGAUGUGAAAUUUCAGUUAGGAGAACAUUUAUUCUUCCUCAUAUUGGGAAACGAUAAAACUAUUUCUAGCAUCACGAGUGAGAGUUGGAUUGUAGAAUUCAUCAGAUACUGAAAUACUACACGAAAAACUUUCUAAGGUAUUAUGCCCAGAAGCUCGGAUAAGAUUAGAAAAUGUUGACCCAAGA